AACUAGAGUUUACUUUAUACAAAAAUACCGAUAAAUUAUAAUUAAAACAAAUUAAUUUACUAAAUAUUCCGCGCAUAUUUUGUAUUAUAACAUUUUCACUAUAUAUAACAUAAAUUAUUAUAUUAAAGAAUUAAAUAUUGAAUAAAAAAUGGUUAAUAUAGUUAUAAGUACAAGCUUGAUAAAAGAAGAAAAUGAGUUAGAAGUUAACCCUAAUUAUAGAAUUAGUUUUUAUUUUUAAUAAUUUAAAUGUAUUUGUAAGAUUCAAUGUUUUUACUUAGAAAAGUUAAACAUGUAAAAAUCACUUUUAAUUUGAAAUGUUGUAGUACUAAAGUGGAACAAUUUACAAUGAAAUAUUUAAAUGUAGCCGAAAAGAACGAUGCCGCUAAAAACAUAGCACAAUUGUUAUCUCGAGGAAAUUCAACUAGGAGGGAAGGUUUGUCCCAAUAUAAUAAAAUAUAUGAGUUUAAUUGUACUGUACUCGGUGAGCAAGUUCGAAUGGUUAUGACUUCCGUUUCUGGUCAUUUAUUAAAUUACGCGUUUACUGGUUUAUAUAAAAAUUGGUUAAGUUGCAACCCCGUGUCUCUAUUCGACGCUCCUAUUACAAAAGUUUGUACGGAAAAUUAUCAAAAUAUAAAAAAAACUUUAGAACGAGAAAUUCGAUUUUGCGACGGUUUAAUAAUAUGGACAGAUUGCGAUAGGGAAGGUGAAAAUAUCGGUUUCGAAAUAAUAAAAGUUUGUACAGACGUUAAACCGAAUAUUCGAAUAUACAGGGCGAAAUUUUCGGAAAUAACCACCGCUUCAAUACAACGCGCUUUACGCACUUUAGGACAACCGAAUAAAAACAUCAGCGACGCCGUUGACGUGAGACAAGAAUUAGAUUUAAGAACAGGUGCCGCUUUUACGAGAUUGCAAACUUUGAGGUUACAAAAAGUAUUUCCCCAAAAACUAUCGGAUAAAUUGAUAAGUUACGGAUCUUGUCAGUUUCCCACGCUCGGUUUUGUUGUCGAACGUUACCAAGCUAUAGAAAAUUUCAUAGCGGAACCUUUCUGGAGAAUCAAAAUGUCUCACACAAUCCAAGAAUUAACGACAGAGUUCAAUUGGAAACGAGAUCGACUUUUCGAUAAAAAUUCCUGCGAAGCCAUACUAGAUAUUUGCAGGGAUAAUCCGCAAGGUAAAGUGGAAAUCGUGGAAAGUAAAGAAAAAAGCAAAUGGCGACCUCUACCUUUAGAUACGGUCGAAAUGGAGAAAAACGUAUCGAGAAAAUUACGAAUCAACGCUAAAGAUACGAUGCAAAUAGCUGAACGCCUAUACAGUCAAGGCUACAUAAGUUACCCCCGUACGGAAACGAAUAUUUUCCCUAAGGAGUUGAAUCUCGUUAAUUUAGUCGAACAACAAUUUAAUGAUGAUGAUUGGGGCGGUUUCGCUCGAAGGAUAAUGAACGAGGGCGGUCCCAAUCCGAGACAAGGUAGAAAAUCGGAUCAGGCUCAUCCUCCUAUACAUCCGAUUAAAUAUACCAAUGGUUUAGGGGGGAACGAUAAAAGGUUGUAUGAAUAUAUAGUGAGGCAUUUUUUGGCGUGUCUUCAUAGGGACGCUAAAGGGUUUGAAACGACGGUGGUGGUCGAUGUGGCGGAAGAAAAAUUUACCGCUAAAGGGUUGAUUGUAUUGGAAAAAAAUUAUUUGGAUGUGUAUGUUUACGAGAAAUGGAAUGCUAAGGAGAUAAAUAAUUAUCGUGUUGGUGAUACUUUUUUACCAACUAUGUUGGAUAUGGUUGAAAGUUCUACAACUCCCCCUAAACUUCUAACAGAAGCCGAUUUGAUAGGACUAAUGGAAAAACACGGUAUCGGUACCGACGCCACGCACGCCGAACACAUCGAUAAAAUAAAAUCCAGAGAAUACGUCGGUUUACACGAAAAUAUGUACUUCGUUCCCGGAACGCUCGGUAUGGGUCUAGUCGAAGGUUACAAUAACGUCGGUCUGGAGGUGUCUUUGGCGAAACCGACUCUCCGAGCCGAAUUCGAAAACGAUUUGAAAUUAAUAUGCGACGGUUUAAAAAAUCCGGAUGACGUUAGAAGAGAUCAGAUUGCUAAAUAUAAAGCACUUUUUCAAACGGUUGUUCAAAGGAUGCGUUUGAUUGACGAAAGUUUGGGUAAUAGAUUGGAUGAUAGACCGGCGGAUGUUACCGAUAAUGAUAUCGUUACUGAUAACGAUGAUUUUCGACCGGUUUUGAAAUGCCCCAAAUGCGGAAACGACAUGAUCGUAAGAUCUAAAAGGAACGGACCCGGGCAGUAUAUAGUUUGUACUAAUUCGCCUGUCUGUAGACACGUCAUUUGGUUUCCGGGGGCUGUGGAAACUAUCGAAGUUCAAGAUCAACACUGUUCACAGUGUGGCCCAAACUUUAAGAAACUCAAAUUAAAAUUCAAACAGAAUCUGUUUCCCGGAUACCCGAACCCGAAUACGUUAUGCAUCGGAGGUUGCGAUAUGAACGUUUUGGAAACUUUGGACAUUACUCUUUCAUCGGUGACACAAAGGAAUACCGAUAAUAUUAGGGCAUUAAAUAACGAAAAUAUUCCUAAUAACUCUCGUAGGAAUUCGGAUAGCGGUUAUCAGAGUACUAGACGAGACACGAAUUUUAUAUCGAGUAAUUUUUCUAAUCAAACCACAUCGAAUACGAGCCUGGAUAAUAUACCAGGACCGUCGAGAAGUAAUGAUGUCGAACAAGGGGGUGGAAUAGUUUGUAGCUGCAGCCAAGAAGCGGUUCUGUUGACCGUACGAAAAGAAGGACCUAAUCAAGGUCGACAGUUUUACGGUUGCGGUACUAGAACGUGUCAGUUUUUCCUGUGGGCUCCGGAAGAUGGCGGUACCGCAACGAAUAAUCGUUCAAAUCCUACUAGUACCGGUUUAUCGAUUAUUAAAUGUAAUUGUCGUUUACCGGCGGUUACCAGGACAGUAUCAAAGCCCGGACCGAACGUUGGCAGACAAUUCUAUUGUUGUUCAAAGCCGAUGGGUCAAGGUUGCGGUUUCUUCAAAUGGGUCGAUGAGUCUGGUGGAGAUGGGGGUCAUUCCGGAGGUGGCGAUGAUGGUUCCGGUGGCGGGGGUGGCGGUAGUACAAGUUUUGUACAAAGACGCAAAAGUAACAAUUCCAAAAAUCGACAGGCCCCGUAUAAAACGGAAAAUAAAGGAAAAAGAAAAUGCGGUAUUUGCGGACAAGAAGGUCAUACAAGACUCAAGUGUCCAAAUAAAUAACAGUACAUUGUUUUUUGAAUAAAUAUAUUUUAAUUUUUUAA